GGCUGGGGAUCGGUGGAGAGUCCCACGCAGCGGCGGCGGGCAAGGUUAUAUAGGAAGAGAAAGAGAGCGAGGGAGAGAGCAAGGCAGCAAGCGAGCCGGAGCGAGAAAGGGAGAGCGCAAGAGAGAGCGAACACGCACACGCGCGCACACACACACGCUCACACACACAGACACACACGGGAGAGCUUGGAAGUAAUUGGGCUCCAUGGACGAGAUGCUGCUGCUGGCGAGAUGUCUGGUGGUGGUCCUGGUCUCCACGCUCUUGAUGUGCUCAGGGCUGGCGUGCGGACCCGGCAGGGGAUUUGGGAAGAGGAGACACCCCAAAAAGCUGACCCCUUUAGCCUACAAACAGUUUAUCCCCAAUGUGGCCGAGAAGACCCUAGGGGCCAGUGGAAGAUACGAAGGGAAGAUCUCGAGAAACUCCGAGCGAUUUAAGGAACUCACCCCCAAUUACAACCCUGACAUCAUAUUUAAGGAUGAAGAAAACACCGGAGCGGACCGGCUGAUGACUCAGAGGUGUAAGGACAAACUGAACGCCUUAGCCAUCUCGGUUAUGAACCAGUGGCCAGGAGUGAAGCUGCGCGUGACCGAGGGCUGGGACGAGGACGGUCAUCACUCGGAGGAGUCGCUGCACUACGAGGGCCGCGCGGUGGACAUCACCACGUCGGACCGCGACCGCAGCAAGUACGGCAUGCUGGCCCGCCUGGCCGUAGAGGCCGGCUUCGACUGGGUCUACUACGAGUCCAAGGCGCACAUCCACUGCUCGGUGAAAGCAGAGAACUCAGUGGCUGCCAAAUCGGGCGGCUGCUUCCCAGGGUCUGCCACUGUGCACCUGGAGCAGGGCGGCACCAAGCUGGUGAAGGACCUGAGCCCUGGGGACCGGGUGCUGGCGGCCGAUGACCAGGGCCGGCUGCUCUACAGCGACUUCCUCACCUUCCUGGACCGUGAGGACGGCGCCAAGAAGGUCUUCUACGUGAUCGAGACCCGGAAUCCGCGGGAGCGCCUACUGCUGACAGCCGCGCACUUGGUCUUCGUCGCGCCGCACAACGACUCGGCAGCCGCCGAGGAGCCCGAGCCGCCGUCGGGCCCCGGGGUCGGGCUGAGGCCGCAGCCGGGGGGCGCGGCGGGGCACCGAGCGCUCUUCGCCAGCCGCGUGCAGCCCGGCCAGCGCGUGUACGUGGUGGCGGAGCGCGACGGGGACCGCAGGCUGCUGCCCGCCGCCGUCCACAGCGUGACGCUGCGCGAGGAGGCCACGGGCGCCUACGCGCCGCUCACGGCCCAGGGCACCAUCCUCAUCAACCGGGUGCUGGCCUCGUGCUACGCCGUCAUCGAGGAGCACAGCUGGGCGCACUGGGCCUUCGCGCCCUUCCGCCUGGCGCACGCGCUCCUGGCGGCGCUCGCGCCCGCGCGCACGGACCGCGGCGGGGACGGCGGGGGCGGCCGGCUCCCCACGCCCGCGCCAGAUGCGGCCGCCGCGCCAGAUGCCGCCGCCGCCGCCGCGGGCAUCCACUGGUACUCGCAGCUGCUCUACCAAAUAGGCACCUGGCUGUUGGACAGUGAGGCCCUGCACCCCCUCGGCAUGGCGGUCAAGUCCAGCUGA